AUGUCUGCUGCUCCCGAGACCACUCCCGCCGUCGCCGCUCCCGUCGAGCAGGUCGCCGCUCCUGCCGUUGAGGAGACACCCGCUGUCGCCGAGGCUGCUGCUCCUGCUGCUCCGGUUGAGGAGGCCGCUGCUCCUGUCGAGGCUGCUGCCCCUGCUGCCGUCACCGAGCCUGCCGCCGCUACCGAAGAGGCCGCCGCCGCUGCUCCCGCUACCGAGGCUGUCGUCGAGGAGGCCAAGCCCGAGGAGGCUGCUGCCACCGAGGAGGCCGCCAAGGAGGCCGCCCCCAAGAAGGAGAAGCGCCAGUCGUUCAUCGGCAAGCUCAUCGGUGCCUUCAAGGAGAAGACCGCCAAGAAGGAGAAGCCCGUCGCUGAGGACGCCCCUGCUGCUGCCGCCGCUCCUGCUGAGGAGGCCUCUGCCCCCGUCGAGGCUACUGAGACCGCUGCCGCUCCCGCCGCUGUCGAGGAGACCCCUGCUGCCGUCGAGGAAGCCGCUGCUCCCGCUGCCGCCGAGGCCGCCCCCGCUUCCGAGGAGGCCAAGGAGGUCAAGAUCGACGAGUCCGCCAAGGGCGACUCUGCGGCCCCCGACGUCGCUGCCCAGAAGAUCAAGCUCGGUCGUCGUCUCAGCGGCAAGUUUGGUGCACUCUUCCACAAGCAGCCCAAGAAGGCCGAAGAGAAGGCUGACGAGGCCGCCGAGGCCAGCCCCAUCGAGGAGAAGGUCGCCGAGGACGUCAUUGCUCCUCCCGCUGCUGCUGCUCCCGUCGUCGUCGAGGCUCCCAAGGCUGCUGCCCCCGUCGCUGCCGCUGCCUAA